AUGAGAUCUUUAAGCAUACAGCUUAUUUUCUGUGUAUUUCUUUUCAAUUCAAUCGCCGCUGAUGAGCAUUUAAAUGAAAAACAAUGCAGUACAAAAUGCUCGGUGACUUUUGAUAAAACGGUGAAGUGUUUUGAUGAAACACUGCAAUUCUUUCAACAAACUCUCAUGGGAACGAUGAGACAAUAUGUGCAUGUACAGCAAGUGAUCUCAACUUUGAACAACGCGGUCACAUUGGAUCCCGAUGUUGCAGCCAAUCAUGCAGAAAACUCGAUGAAAAAGAUGAAAAUCUACAGUGAAAGCAACAUGAAUGAAAUGUACUCGCCUGAGGAUGCGAAAGAUGUUGUGAGAAAACUGACUCUUGAUGUGAAUGCGAAAUUCGUCGAUUUGCCUGUAACUUGUCCUGGUGGUUGUGAGACAUCACUUUCUCCUUGGUUGCCAAUCUUUAUCGCUUCAGCUACUUUGAAUAUCGUCUUCUUCCUUCUGGCUGCUGGGACCAUGUUGUUAGCCACAAAGAGAGAGGAGAGACAAGCAGCAAAAAUCUUUCAAGAAGCUCUCAUCACCACUCAUGGAAUCAAGAAAGAU